AUGUAGGAAGCAAAAUACCCAAAUUUUGAGAAUAUCUAGUACUCCGAUCCACCAUCAUAGAGUGAAGGAUUGUAAUAAUAACUUAUGGAUAAACCAAACUAAAACAUAAAAUUUGUCCCAGUAUUAUCACCUUCAUAAUAAAAUUGCCAAGAAUCAACCGAAUAUUAAUAAUAUGCAUAAUACUAAUAAAAUCAAGUGAUUCCAUAUGCUGAAUACUUCAAUCAUAAUAUUGUGCCAAUACCUGCUCAGAAUUCUAAUUUGCUGAAAGACUAAGACUUUUAAACAUAGAAAUUAUUCCUAUGUGGAGUUUUAGGAGUAUAUAUAUUAUGGUCUAUCCUAUUUGUGCUGUUACUAUUCCCAUUAUCAAUGGUAUUCUUUUGGGAUACUCACGGUGGAAAUCCAAUUCCUUUCAUUUGUUUAAUUAUAUUCUCAUUUUUUACCAUUUUUCUAGGAAAACUUGGAACUAAAAAAAAUAAUCGAAAUUUAUCAACCAGCAUUUUCAUACUACUUGUGUUAUUGUUUAGCUACACAUUCUUUUAUUUAUCCUUGCUUGGGAGUUUGGGGUCAUAAUCAAAAUCAUAAUUUGGAUGGGAUUUUGUGAUAGCGAUAUUUUUGAUUUUUAUUGUGGUUGGAAAUUUUAUUUUUAAUUUCAUCGCAUUGGCUUGUUUAACAUUGUCUGAUAACAAAUUUAACACAGCUGUUCCUGUUAUUGUCGAGAUCUUUGUAGUUGUUAUUGUCGCAAUUAUCUAUCAUCCAAUUUAUUUAAUUUGCAUUCCUUUUUUGCUACCAUAUGCUAUUUGUUUGAUGAAUGCCUUCAAAUAGAUCUUAAAUGGAAGAUUUGAGUUAGAAAAAAAUCAAGUAAUUGUUGGUGUCAUGGCUUCGUUCUAUUGUACUAUCGUUUGUUGUACUGAUUGAAAUUAGUUUAUAUAUUUUUUAACAGGUUUUUUAUAAAUUAUUAUG